UUGCAGUGGCGGAUUCAUGAUUCUUAAUAACUUAUUUGUCGCUUGCGUUGAUUUCUCAAAACUUCUGAUGAUAAAACGGUCAUAUAUAUUGAACAUCCACUUACCACUCUUAAAAUUUUGUUAGAACAAAACACGAAAAUAGCUUAGAUGAUGAAUUGUUCGAUUCAUUUUUAUGGAGAAUAUCGCAUACAAUAGCUGGUUUUAAGGUCGAUCGAUCCUCAUAUGAUGUCAUAGGUUUUUGCAAAACCUUUAUUUAAUUAAAUUUUGCACAUGAUAGAAAUAUAUCUCUCAGAGGAAUUUUGUUCACUGAAUAAAAUAAAAAAAUUGGUAAACUUUUGAUACUGAAUUUAAAAAAUGUUGUCAAGGGUAAUAAGUCCUAUGCUGGAAUUUUCUCUACUGCAUGUCUAUGGCAAUGCUUUCCCUAAUAUCCACAAUUAAUUUUGAUAUAUCUAUGAAUUAGCAGUUUUCUUGAACUGUUGACAUUUAAAAUAAGUAAUUUCAACAAGUUUUAAUCAAAUUUCAUUAUUCUGUUUAACGAAAAUGUGUGAUUUUUUAUGUUGAUAUACAAUGUAUACUUCUGUUUUUGUAUGUCUGACAUCUUUAAAAAGGUGGCAACAUAGACAUUUUCUUUGGUUAUUGAUUAAAUUAAACUAUAUUGAGUGGAAAUUAAUACAGUUUUUCAACUUUCAACCAUUAAUAUUGAUAAGUCACAUGAGGAUCGAUCCAUCUUAAAUCCUAGUGUUCGACCUGGUUCUUGGUGUCCAAAUGCCCGGCGUGUGAUUGCUGAUAUCAUGUACAUUUAUCUGCAACUUUCGUUGAAAAUCCAAUUUAAAUGAUAAAACAAGAAAUAUUUUAACAAUUAAUUGACAUCUGCAGAUGCCCAGUUUAACUCUCGGCAUAUGGAUCAUAUUAUCAGUCAAAGGUUUGUGACCCACCACGUUGCUCACAAUGUAAAAAACAAAGUGGUGGUAAAGAUAUAUAACUAUUUUCUUUCCUUUAUUGCAUUUAGAAUUUAUAAAUGUAAGAUGUAUUGUAGAGUUGUACAGGUUGAUGAGACGAGUGAUUUUGUUAUUCGUUCCAUCAAGGAAUACUUGAGAUCACACUGUCAAGUUCUCAGGUUUUUAUAUAAAACAAAAGAACAGAAACUUUUUCAAAAUUUUGUAUCCAAUCUCACUGGUAUUAAACUGAUGAUAGUAGCGAUCGUUACUAUCAUCCCAAGAUGGCGGAAGGAAAUUCCGGAAAGACCAUGUUUACUUAUUAUAUCUAUUUGUAUUGUUUAUUUGCGAAUGAUAUGUAGGCAAGAAAUAUCAUACACUAGCAACAAUUACGAUCAGGUGUUAUUUUAUUUUUUAUACGGCUCAUAUGAAUAGAAAAUUCGUCGUUGAAAAAACCAGCGAGGAUGAUAGUAACGGAAAUGAAUGAUGAUAGUAACGUAAAACUUCCGUAUCUUUGCCUACAUAUCAUUCGCAAAUAAACAAUACAAAUAGAUAUAAUAAGUAAACGUGGUCUUUUCGGAAUUUCCUUCCGCCAUCUUGGGAUGAUAGUAACGAUCAGUUUAAUACCAGUGAAUCUAUAGUUAUACUAUGAAAUUCUUUAUAUGAACAUUUUUAACAUAUAAAAUUUAAACAUUGUUACUACUGCUAUUAUAUCUAUGCAUGCAUAUGUAUGUAUACAUGUGUAUAUCUGUGUAUUAUAUAUACUUGUGUUAUAUCUGAAGCCACUAUUCAGAGAGUCCUGUCCUCUAUUAGAGCUGCCCAAUGAGUCGGAUAUGAACUGUCGUGAUAUGUGUGGACUCAUUGUGGCAGCGUGGCGUUUUUGAAAAAAACAAACACCAAAAAACCAACUUAUCUUUACUAUACACACACUGCCAAAUAUGUUUCUUACGAAGUAUUAUUCCGUCACUUGAAAUUAUGUUGAUGUAAAUUAUUAACUACAAUGUGUUUGACAUAUACUGUAUCUAUUUUGAUUUCAUGGUAAAAUAAUAAGCAUAUCUUAUACACAUUGUAUCUUAUACAUGUAUUUCAUUUGUUUUGUAUAUGUUUUGUCUUGUUUCAUAAAUAAAAAUCUUGAAACUUCAAAAAAAAAAAAAAAAAAAGUGGUGGAUCACAAACCUUGUGAGAAAUGUGAUGGAUCACAAACUCUUGACAUAGAAAGAUGAGUGUCCAUAUAAGCAAUGAAGGUUCUGGGGUAAAUUUUAUCCAAAUUUUCAAUUAAUAGCCCUGAUAUAUGUACACCCCUUAAAAGUUCGACUCCUCUUCCCAGGAAAAUGAAAACCAGGCUGAAGCUAGCAGCCACUAAUCAGCAGCCAAUAAGCCCGCAGACGCUAGCAGCCACUAAGGAAAAUCAUCAAAGGACUGAGAGUACUCAUAAAAUGAUCCACACAUGAAUUUUGUUGGAACAAUCUACGUCAGUUAUAAUCGAUGGUUAAUAUACAUUGUGAUUAACAUAAUUUAUCAUUAAUUAAAUAAACGACUACCGCUCCAGCUCUCUUUCAGAUCACAGAGAUGUACAUAUCAUGGGAGAACUCACCUGCAUCUUAUCCUGUUUAUCAGCUGGUAGGAUUUAAGAGGUACAGAAUAAAACACGGGACUUCCGUUUCCGGUAACUUGAUAAUUUCCCCUGAUAAAAUGGCUGCGUUUGUGGACGGAAAGGGAUUUACAGUAAAACCAGGCACCAUUAAUGUUUACGUUGGACCGAGCGUGUCUACUUUUCUGAAUGGAACUUUCGUCAUAGACGGUAGUGUAAGCAGUUCCGGAUUGACGCGGAUGGAAUUGAAAACUACAGCUUUGUUACAGUUGUCUGUGCUGUUUCUUCUCUAUAUUUAGAAUUACUCUGUAUUGAUAUAAUGGAUAUACAAAUUCUUACUCGAAGGAGAAUAUCAAACAGUUGCGAAUCGUUCAAGAAAUUUACAUGCAUAUUUUUUAAGGUGGAUCGAUCCUCAUGUGAUGUCAUAGGUUUUUGCAAAAAUCUUAAUAAUUUAAACUUCGCGUAUGAUAGAAAUAUAUAUUUCUGAGGAAUUUUAUUCACUGGAUAUAAUGAAAAAUCUGGUAAACUCUUAAUACUGAAAAAGUUUAAAUUUUUCAUAGAUAAUCAAUUAUUUAUGAUUUUUAAAAUUUUGUCAAGGGCAAUAACUCCUGUGCUGGAAUUUACUCUACUGGAUGUCUAUUAUACAUUGGUUUCCCUAAUAUCCACAAUCAAUCUAUACAUAUUUAUGAAUUAUCAGGGUUUUUUUUUUAAACUGUUGAUAUUUAAAUUUUGUCAUUUGAACAAGUUUUUAUCUAUUUUUAUUAUUUUGUUUAACGAAAAUGUGUGAUUUUCUGAUGAUGAUGUAUACUUCUGAUUUUGUAUGUCCGACAUCUUUAAAAAGGUGGUAACAUAUACAUUUUCUUUGGUUAUUAGUUAAAUUAAACUAUAUUGAGUGCAAAUUAAUAAAGUUUUUUUUCCACUUUUAACCAUUAAUAUUGAUAAGUCACAUGAGGAUGGAGCUACCAUAGGCGUAGCUUGGGUUCAAAUAUUACCUAGGCAGGGGGUCUGGGGGGCGCAGCCCCCCAGAAGCUAUCGACAUUUUAACAACAUAAAAGGUGUUUUUUUUUGCCUCAAUGGAAGCUACGCCACUGGCUACCUUCAGAAAUAAAUUUUAUUUUUGAUAACACAUGAGGGUAUGAACUGCGAUGUUUCACGCCGGCCUACUUCGUGAAACGCUUUAGUUGGUGCCUCAGAAAAGGCAACCGGCGUCAGGCACCGUAGCUCAUACACUUUUGCAUUUCCAAAACUAAAAUUCAUUUUUUUAUAUCCACAUUCUACUUUCGUUUCUGUCAGAAUUCUUACCCGUUGAAAUAGACGUACAUAUGUACUAUAUUGUCAAUCGCAUUGUUCACAACGCAUUCGUGCGCAAAUGACUUAUCUCAAUUACAAUUUGUAAAUUAUCAAAGGUAAAAACAGUGGAAAUGUAGAUAUCGUCCAAUAUUCUACACGAGUUUGUCCUAGGGAGAUUCUGCUUUAAGAUUGGAACAGAUGAAACCUACUCAGUAGAAUACGGGUAUUUUACCUUCGUUGGACAUAACCAGUAGCAUCUGUAAUAGGUAUAAUUCACGGGAAAGAUGACUGGAAACAAUCUUUUUUUUAAUUUUUGAAUUUCAGAAAGUCGAAAAUAAACAUGUACUUAUGCAUUCACUGUUCUCAUCGCUUUGAUAUACAAGGACAUUGGUACCGACUCGUCCAUUUUCGUGGUCGAGCGGCACGCAUGUGCACAAAAUCAAAAUUAGGGUUACAAUGAAUUUUUGACCGAGCUAUAAAUAGAUAGCUGAAGAACAUGUAUUCACCAGAAUUUACUGAUUAGCGAGGAGAGAGGAAAUUGCCUUCCUUCUGUCUGUAAUUCCGUCUGUUGCACGAUUUACAGAUAUUUGUUUACGUCAUCUUUAAAGUGGUUUUGUUGUCACUACACGCUUAAAGGGCCUAUGCAAUGAAAUCGUAUUUAAAAAGAAUUUUCUUUACUGAGUUGAGCGUAAAAAAACCGCAUCAAAAUCGGUGCAGAAAUAACAGUUAUCGAUCGUAUAGAGUGGCAAUGCAGACAAUCAGUAGUGGACUUAAAUACAGUGUAGGUUCUGCCUGCUGCCCAAACCUAUUCUGAUAUAUAAUAAUAAAAUAUUUCUAAAAAUAAAAAAUGCAACAAGGGUCAAAAUAGAUGAUUAAAUAUAAAUAAUGAUUUAAGAAAAGUAUCGAUUGCUUCCUAGUAUAUCUGUUCGCUGAAUCCCUGUCCUUGAACUCGCUCCUCCCUCCCACUUACUCGCCUCCAAGUGUUAGUGCUGUACUUGCUUACAUUUAAUUUCAGAGCCAAUUGGAAAACAUUUGUCUUUAAUAUAUAUAAUAAAAGAUUUAUAAACAUGGUUAUAUAUCAUGAAGGGAAACUUUUGGCCCCCUUAUCUGUCCGUCUAUGAUAUGUUUUUCGGUAGUAUACGCCAUUAAUCUCUGCUGGUCGAUUCUUUAAAAAAAAAGAAGCUUACUGCAGGAAAAAGUAGGAAUAAAUGUAUAAUGAAAAGGUAUUUGUUUAUCUGAAAUAUGCAUCUCUCGUGGAUACGUGUACGAUAUUAUCACUUUUCAACAAUAUGCAAGAAACUGCCAAACAAAAUUUCUUGAAUUCUAAGCCAUCAACAUGUCUUGCUUGUCAGAACAGUGAGUGAUGGUUUGAAAAAUCCCCAGAGCUGCCUGUUUGGUAGUAAAAUAUGCUGUUGAUUCACUGCAUUUCAUGGCUAACAUCAUAUCUUGACUUUAAUUAUGUGUAAGCUGUGGUGAAGAUAAAAACAUCGGAAACUCGAUCGGAAAUGACCAUGACUCUACAGGAAGUCCCGACUGAAAAGUGACCUUCUCAGUAGGAGGCAAGUCGGGUAACAAAGGAGACCGCCAUUUCCUUCUCACUGCCCAGAAAGUUCCAACAUGACUCUACCGGCAAAGAAAUAGUCUCCUUCUGUGUUACUUUGGAUUAUUUUAGUUCUAAGAGUAAUUGCUUUCAACUCCACCCCGGAAAUUAAGACCUCUUACAAACUUAUUGUCGCUUUUGAGUCAGACAGGAGGUGACUGUUUUCUGUUAUAACCACUUCUUGCAGCACGCUAAGGAUAGACAUGUGUUAUAUAGUACUAGGGAUUAUUUGUGUUUUUCACGUUUUAGGUGUACAAUCCUGGAACUGUUCUUCGGGAUUUCAAGCCACAAUUCUUGGAACAUGCGGAGACAUCAAUGAAUGUCAGGGUUCAGCGCCAUGUACUAAGGGCACCUGUCAGAACACCAAUGGAUUCUUCUACUGUGAUGACAGUCAAUCCAUCGAUUUAAAUAAACGGGUAGCUUGUGGCUCAGUGACGUGCGAAAAUUUCGCGAUUUGUGUGAAUAGCAAGUGCGUCUGUCAACCUGGAUACACGGGCUCGACGUGUGCCGUUCAACUGUCCUGCGACAAAAUGUGUAGAAACAAUGGUACAUGCGACUUUCAAGGAACACAGGAAGUUUGUAUCUGCGCCAACGGUUAUACCGGAAGUGAAUGUCAGUACAGCCUCAACAUAUGCUCUCAGUCCACCUCAGUAUGCUUAAACAGUGGCAUUUGUACAUUUGGAGCCUUUAAUAAGUUCCCAACCUGUGAAUGCCAAGGAAACAACAUUGGACUCUUUUGUGAAGCCACGAAGAACUGCAGCACUUCAUGUUACAGUAGUAACUUAAACCUGGAGUGCAAUGGAGGCUGUCCAUGUACCAGCGGUUCCUAUGGGGACGCCUGUCAAUAUAAAAUCGACUGCAGCUGUGAAAAUGGCGGUGUAUCUGUUCCCGAUGGUACGAACUCUUGUCGGUGUGUGUGUCCUGAGGGAACGAGUGGAUCCACCUGUGCAGUCGACACGAUCAACGAAUGUAGUUCUUCCCCUUGUCUAAACGGAGGCACGUGCGUGGACGAAAAAGGAUAUUACAGCUGCCAAUGUACGGCUAGUUACUCGGGAUACAAUUGUGGCGUCCGGUGUGAGCUUAAUAGGAAUUGCAUUUGGCAAGAUUGCCUGCAAUGCAAGAAUAAGUUUGCUGACGGUGUUUGCGACAGUGAGUGUAACAAUGAAGGGUGUCUGUUUGAUGGCUUUGACUGUCAAACUAAGACAUCUGACGUCUGCAACGGUACCUAUGACAACGGGACAGUAAUCGAUGGCCUGAGCGAUAUCUGUGUGGCUUAUUUUGAUAACAACGUAUGCGUCAAUAGGUCAACGUCACAAAAAUACUGUGAAAACGAAGUGUGUGGAAGCGAUGGGUUUGACUGUUUAUCAGACAAAAGACAUCCUUCGAACAUCACCGGAGUAAUCGUGGUGGAUUUUGUCAUCAAAAGCACGACAAACAAUGAGACUCUUAUAAAUGAAUCUAUCCCGAUAUUGUUCGGCAAGUACAUGCCUUAUUAUCUCAGUGUUGAUCAAGGACUUCCGGGUUUUUUUAUUCGGCGACUGACAGUUGACUCUUUUAGUGCUGGCACAGGCUCACAGAUGUUCAGUCAAUUAGGAUGGUUGAAAUACCGGAUUUUCUACAACGUGGUAAACAAGCCAGGCUGCGGCAGCGGUUCCUCCUUUCCGUGUUGGUCCAAUAUUACUAGCGUGUCUAGAUACCUAGCGUUAACCGUUACAAGCAUCCUCUCAAGUUACGUUGACAGCGUCGUCGAACUAUUCCCUUGCAUGGAAGGUUACUAUGGAGACAGAUGCACGAUGACGUGUAGUUCCAAUUGUCAAUCAAACAGUGAUGGUCGGACGUGCGAAAUGGAUAGCGGAAAGUGCAUAUCCGGUUGUAGCGGCACUUCAUAUACGGGAGAUAACUGCGAUGUGAAAUGCGGUAGCAACUGUAUCACUUCCUGUUUAAGCAGCACUGGAGUUUGUUCUCUAACGUCCAGCAAUACAAGAUGCACUGCAGGCUAUCAGGGUUUAUAUUGUAACGAAACGUGCAGUACAGAAACAUUCGGCAUUGACUGUGCAUUUAACUGUUCAUCCAAUUGUGAAACUGGUACUUGCAACACAAUGACUGGCCACUGCACGUGUAAAGUGGGCUACCAGAAAACGGACCCCACGUGUAGAACGGAAUGUGCAUCUGGUACCUAUGGAAACAACUGCAUAGGCACCUGCAAUCCCUGUGGAAAAGGCGUAGCCUGUAGUAUUUUUGACGGAUCUUGUCCCUCAUGUCCAGUGGGUAAACUCGGGUCAUUAUGUGAUCAAGAUUGCCCGGACUACUCUUAUGGUGCUGGUUGCUCCCUGAAAUGUAGCGCUAAUUGUGAUACGGCGUGCGACAAAACCAAUGGGACGUGCUCUCCGUGUAAAACAGGUUACGAGGGCGUGUACUGCACAAUCAAGUCCAAAUCAAAUGAGGCUACCCUCGCAGACCCAUCCAGUGAUAUGCAAUCAACUAUCAUUGCUGCUAUCAUCAUCAUUGUAUCUCUUUUGGUCAUCGCCGGCAUCAUUGCCUUCAUCCUAUGGAGACGACAGCAGGGUACACAUUACGAAUUGCAUGAAGUUGAACCCCUAAACACAAAAAAAUCAAAUGCUGAAGGUAACGGACACCCACUCGAAAUGAAAGAAAACCUAGGUUUUACAACAGCUACAGUGGAAAAUGAGAAGAUGAACGGCGAGGAAGCAAGACCUUUACUAGAACAAAGCGGGAAAGUGUAUGCUGGGGAUCAAACAGAGAAUACUGUAAAACCUUCCGUAGAUCAAGAGAAUGCAAGUAACGAUACUUCAUCAACCGCACCAUUACAGGAGAGCACAAAGAUUGAUGACGUCAAAGAUGACACGGAAAGAGACACCGCUAAUAAUGAUGACGGUCCUAAAAUUGAUUUGAAAUAUAUUGAUGGAAUUGAAAGUAAAGACCCAUCAUUAGAAGAUGUACGGGGAACAGUCAGAGGUGACAUGGUCACUGAACCUGAACAGGAUUCAGACUUAAAAAUAGAUACAGUGACAACACAAAGAGCAGAUGAAUAGAUCAUGUGUUGUCUUUUCUAAUUUUUUCUCCAUUCAUUUCAUCAGUGCUGUCAAAUUUUGUUUGCUUGAUCUCCAUUAACACAUGUUUGUAAUUUAAAAGAUAUAUAUUUUUAUAUCUACCAUGUACAUGAAAACUGUAUAAUGUACCUAUUUAUGUAUGACAACAUCUUAUAUUAACUAAUGAUGAAAAUUUGUAAAUAUUCGUGAUAUUCAUUCAUUCUAACCAAUGCAAUAUUCCAUAGGUACAUGUAUUUUUUUUUAUUACUUCAAAUAAAUUGAACAACAACUUU